AUGGAGGAUUAUGAAGAACUUAGAACUAUUGGUAAAGGUAGCUUUGGAAAGGCUGUUCUGGUUAGACGACGAUCAGAUGGUUUGCUAUUAGUACUCAAACAGAUAAAUAUAAUGGAGAUGGCACCUCGUGAGAGGAAUGAUGCUAUGAAUGAAGUACAAGUGUUAUCAAUGUUAGACCAUGAGAAUAUCAUUGCAUAUCAUGAUAGCUUCUUGGUUAAUGGUACAUUAUACAUUGGAAUGGAGUAUGCCAAUGCAGGUGAUAUACAUCAAGAGAUAAAGAAGCGUACCAUUCAAAAGAGUUACUUCACUGAAGAUCAGAUAUGGACAUGGUUCACUCAGAUCUGUCUUGCUGUUCAAUACAUGAAUAGCAAGAAUAUACUACAUCGUGAUCUUAAAACACAGAACAUCUUCCUUUCAAACAUUGAUAAUCGAUCAGUUGUCAAGGUUGGAGACAUGGGAAUUGCAAAGAUAUUGAAUAGUGAUACAUCAUUCGCGAGGACUGUCAUUGGUACACCUUAUUAUCUGUCGCCAGAGAUAUGUGAGGAUAGACCUUACGAUCACAAGUCGGACAUUUGGUCAUUGGGCUGUGUACUUUAUGAGUUGGCAACAUUGAAGCAUGCAUUCAAUGCUGGCAGUCUGCCGGCACUGGUUCUAAAGAUACUCAAGGGAAACUAUCCACCCAUUCCAACCAUGUACUCGAGCGACAUGCGAUCACUCAUUUCAUUCAUGUUGCGCACUGAUCCAAAGCAGCGACCAUCUGUGGACAACAUUCUCUCACUUCCAUUCAUUCAAACCUAUGUACAAAUUGCACGAGCUGCUUCGGACUCUUCAGUGGCCAAUCUGAAGCAAUCAUCCCCAUCGACAUCAACAACAUCUGCAGCGCCAUCACCUUCACCAUCAAGGCCACAGACAAACAUUCCAAUGGCAAUGUCCAAAGCUAAGCCAACACCAUCAAUCACUCCAAAGUCACCAGCAAUAACAACAUCACCAAUCAAUAGUGUCAGAAGUAAUGUAGCCACGAGACCUAGACAAACACCAACUGCAUCACCAAUCGCAUCCAAACAGACGCCAGUCAGGCAACAGACAUCAGCGACGACUCCAACGAGGCCUGUAACAGCAUCAUCGUCGUCAUCAUCAACACCUAGAUCAACGCCAACUACAACACCAAUGUCAACACCAAAGUCAACACCAACCAAGCCUGCAGUAGUGACCAAGACAACCACGACAACAACCUCUACGAUAACGAGCAAGACAGCAAUAACACCAAAACCAGCAGAAUCCAAAAGAGCACCAAUCACUCAGUCAACUCAAUCCCCAACUACUCCAACAGCUAAACCAACACCAAUACCAACACCAACAGCUCCAUUAUAUACACCUCCAACCCGACCUACUGUAUCUAUUCCCAGCACAUCAAAGACCAAACCUUUGUCAUCAUCUGGAAGUGUGAGCAGGACGAAAAGAACAAGCACACAGCCAUCAAGUAGAGUAACACCCUCUGUUGCACCACCCUCUGGACGGUCGACUCCGUCUGGACGAGUUACUCCAUCUGGACGCACUACUCCAUCUGGACGAUCGACACCCUCUGGAAGAUUGUCAUCAUCAUCAACAAGGGUGUCUACCUCCACAUCGACAGUUACCAAGCCACCACAAUCGACUACAUCUACCACCUCUACUUCGACAUCGACAUCGACAUCGACAUACACUAGACCUGCUGUACCUGAGAUAUCAUUGACAAAGCGAUCAAACAGACAGGUUGACCUCAAACAACAGGAGGCAUUGUACAAACAGAAGAUGGACUCUGUAAAGUCAACAUUGAAUCUGACAAAGAAGGCAGACAUCCCUCCAAUAGCAAAGACAACAGAUGAUGGACCAGCCACUGAGCAACCAAUCAUGGAGACUGGUGUCGACGUGUCAACAACAAUGACGAGUAGUAUUAGCACUGAUGACAGCUUCUCCACACACUCCACUGAAUUGGAAAGCUGCAGUAGUCUUGAGAGCAGUGGAAUCAUGGAUACACCUACCAACCAAGAAACAGAGCGUUGCUAUGAAACACAAACAACAUCAACAACCACAACAACAGAGGAUAUGUUGGAAAGCAACAACACCAACAACGCCAACAAUAACAACAACAAUGAAGAGUCAGAUGAGAAAAAGAGCCAACUUCGCAACAAGAAGUUACACACAAGGGCCGUUGCACUGAGACACUUCUGCAAUAGUAUAUUCGGAGAGGAAACGUUCAACAUGGUCUACGGAGUCUUGAAAGACGUCUGUCUGAAUAGUGAUGGAGCCGAUUCAAUACUGGCAGGCGGCGGCGAAGCAAAUGGAGAUGAUGACGACCAAGGAGUACAAAAGCAAUUGGAGGAACUGUUGGGCGACAAGAUAUACUAUCUCAAGUAUCUCCAGCAACUGUUGUACUGCGAGAGUCAACUUUCACAAUAA